ACAUCAUAUGCCGACACAACACCAUCAAAAAACGUGGCCACUCAUACAUACCUACAUAUUUAACCGGCAAUUUCUCAAAUGAGAUGAUACAGUAGUUCAAUACAAUUUCGCGCCAACACACGUUCCCGUGCCGGUUCUAUCACAAUUCACAAUGUAUAUCCUAAAUACGUUAAUUUUGCUCUCCAUUUCCGCGCUACUAUACGUUUACUGGUUCUUAAAAAAAUCGCAUAAGUUUUUCGAUCAAUAUAACAUACCGUAUCCUAAACCGCAUUGGCUUUUCGGUAAUGUGAAAGAUAUGGUCUUGAUGAAGAAACCAUUUUGGGACAUGUACAAAGAAAUAUACGAGAAACAUUCCUCGAACCGAUUUAUUGGAAUAUACAACAUACAUAAGCCCACGGUGUUGAUAAGAGAUCCGGAAUUGAUCAAGAUGAUAUUGAUUAAAGAUUUUCCCCAUUUUCAAGAUCAUGGAUUUUCUCCUAAUAAAGAGGCCGAACCGAUGAUGACGAAUUUAUUCAACCUGGAAGGUGACGAGUGGAGGAAUCUACGAAUCAAGUUGACCAGCACAUUUACCAGCGGAAAAAUGAAAAUGAUGUUCCCUUUGCUGAAAAAAUGCGGCGAAAACAUCAAACCAGCUUUAAUCAAAUACUACGAACAAGGCGAGGAUUUCGAUGCGAAAGACUUUUGCGCAAGAUUCACAACAGACGUUAUUGGUAGUUGUGCAUUUGGAGUAGACACUCAUUCGUUACUGGAUCCCGAAUCAGAAUUUCGCAAAGUAGGCAAAAUGAUAACUAAACCGAGAUGGCAGACCGUGUUUCGAACGCUUUUUCCAAACCUCCCAACAACGGUAAUAAAACGCUUCAAGUUGUACUUUUUGGAUAACGAGAUGUGCAAUUAUUUUCAAAAAAUUGUCAAAGACAUGGUCAAGUACAGAGAAGAAAACAACGUCACUCGAGGCGAUUUUCUUGACAUACUGAUUGCCUUGAAAAACCAAAAGGAACGAGAAAAACUCAAAGAUCAACAAGCCGAGGACGAUUUGGCCAAAUUUAUGGCUCAAACAGGCAGCAAAAAAACAAUCAAGAGUGAUGUCGAAAUGUCCACCGAAUUAAUGGCCGCUCAGUGCUUCAUAUUUUUCCUGGGAGGAUUUGAAAGCGCCUCGAGCAUAAUAAUGUUCAAUUUGUUUUGGCUAGCUGAAAAUCCACAUAUUCAAAAUAAACUCCGCCAAGAAAUAUUAUCUGCAUUGGAAACCAACGGCGGUGAACUCUCCUACGAGAUGAUGAGAAAUAUUCCAUACUUAAAUAUGGUUAUGGAUGAAACCUUCAGAAAGAUCCCGAUAGGAACAGUUCUUUCUCGCUCAUGUACCGAAACCUACAAAAUACCGGAAUCGAAUGCGGUGAUUAAAAAAGGUACUCAAGUAAUAAUUCCUGUCCUGGCAUUACACAGCGAUAGAAAAUACUUCGAAAAACCAGAGGAAUUUUAUCCCGAGCAUUUCUCUACGGAAGCAAAACUCAAUCGACAUCAUUUCGCAUUUCUGCCAUUCGGCGAAGGCCCUCGAAUUUGUAUAGCUGAAAGAUUUGGAAGAAUGCAAGUCAUCGUGGGAUUAAUUUACUUAUUGAAGGAUUUCUUCUUUGAGCUUUCCCCAAAGACAAAGGUUCCAUUGGAGAUUGAAAAUGCAGGAGUACUAAAAAUAAAAGGAGGAGUGUGGUUAAAAUGUCGACCAUUAUGAUUCACCGGGUGUCCAAAGAAUAAGGGGUUUUGAUGUUCUGAUGAACCAAAAUGGUGAAAAAAUUUACCCAAGUAAUAAUUGAAAAGAUGAAUAACAAUCUGAAAAAAUGUGCUUUUGAAUUAUUGUUUCGAUGAAAAAUGAAAUAUUCUUUCGUGUUUCAUUGAAACAAUCACUCAAACGCCCAUUUUUAAAAUCAUUAAUUCAAUUUUCUAAUUUUCAAGUAGGGAAUUUUCUCUCCUUUUUGAUAACAUUAAAAUCUCGUAUUCUUGGACACCCGGUACGAGUAUAAACCUUAUCAUGUUUUUCAUCUUUUAUUUUUGCAAUUUUUAUUGAAAUACAUGAAAUAUCAUAGACAAA